AUGGCCGCAACUUCGCUCUUCAGAUCCGCUCCGGCUGCUUCUUUUGUUCAAUCAUCGCCUUCAUUCUCUUCUCCCGACCAAUCUACGGCUUCGUGUGUUAAUUUGAAUUCUUUGAAGUUUCAAUCGAGCAUUUUCGGUGCUCAAGUUUCAAGCGGAUCAUCUUCCUUGCAGCUUCGUAGAAGCCAUAAUAUUCAGCCCAUUAAAGCUACAGCCACUGAACUGCCUCCCACAGUUCAAAAAUCAAGGAGCGGUGGAAAGACGAAGGUUGGAAUCAAUGGUUUUGGACGUAUUGGAAGGUUGGUAUUGCGGAAUGCAACCUCGAGGGAUGAUAUUGAUGUAGUUGCAGUUAAUGAUCCGUUUGUUGAUGCAAAGUACAUGGCAUACAUGUUCAAGUUUGAUUCUACACAUGGAAAUUUCAAGGGCACGAUUAAGGUCAUGGAUGAUUCAACCUUGGAAAUCAAUGGGAAACAAAUAAAGGUUUUAAGUAAAAGGGAUCCAGCAGAAAUUCCUUGGGGCGAGUUUGGGGCCGAGUUUGUUGUUGAAUCAUCUGGGGUUUUCACAACCACAAAUAAGGCCUCUGCGCACUUGAAGGGUGGAGCCAGGAAAGUAGUCAUAUCAGCCCCAUCAGCUGAUGCACCUAUGUUCGUUGUUGGAGUUAAUGAGAUGACAUAUAAGCCAAGCAUGGAUAUUGUCUCAAAUGCAAGUUGUACCACGAAUUGCCUUGCUCCUCUUGCGAAGGUGGUUCAUGAGGUUUUUGGUAUCGCAGAUGGUUUGAUGACAACCGUGCAUGCAACUACAGCUACUCAAAAAACUGUUGAUGGGCCCUCGAUGAAGGAUUGGCGUGGGGGUCGUGGUGCUGCUCAAAAUAUCAUCCCAAGUUCUACCGGUGCUGCAAAGGCUGUGGGAAAGGUUCUUCCAGAGCUCAACGAAAAACUUACAGGGAUGGCAUUUCGCGUUCCAACACCCAAUGUAUCUGUGGUGGACUUGACUUGUAGAUUAGAGAAGAGUGCUUCUUAUGAAGAUGUCAAAGCUGCAAUCAAAUAUGCCUCAGAAGGCCCACUCAAGGGUAUCCUAGGUUACACGGAUGAGGACGUUGUCUCCAAUGAUUUUGUCGGUGACUCAAGGUCAAGUAUAUUCGAUGCAAAGGCCGGAAUAGGUCUCAGCGAUUCCUUCAUGAAGCUUAUCUCUUGGUAUGACAACGAGUGGGGAUACAGCAACCGAGUACUGGACCUCAUAGAGCACAUGGCGUUGGUGGCAGCCAACAAGUGAAGACUAUUUAUUACCAGAGAUUUAGACCUCUG